GUUUAAUUACUAAAUUAAUCAAAGGGAAUAAGUAAUUACGACUAAUUUUCAAAGGAAUAUAAAAGACUGGUUGACGAAUAACGCAAUUUAGAGGAUUCGCCACAUCUCUGCUCCAUUGCUUUUUUUCUCUCUCUUUCUUCGCAACCCUUCUUCUCAGAAUUGGUACCUGUUCUUCAUGAAUUCGACAACAUCUGUGACAUCCGUGGUUUCCUGCAUUCCGGGAAACAAGAGCAAUUUCUUUCUCUGGAUUUUGGUUUGCCUACUGCCUAAGUUUUUGGGAAAUUCUAUUGUCUACGUCAACUUCCUCCUAGUCCAGGCCAUUGAUAGAAGUCCAUCAGCAUUACGCCUUUUGUCUCUUGUUCCUUAAUUGUGCUUUGAACUCGGCCAUCUGCAUCACUAAUCCCAUUUGACAGCAUGGUUUCAUCUCAGUUCUCUGUUCGGACUAAGAGUUGCAAAUCCUUUCGGAGCCAGUUGCUUCUUCCCGAUAACCUUCCAAAUGUUGUUCCUGCUGAUGAUGACGAGUUUGAUUUUUCUGAUGUUUUUGGUCCUCUACCUGGACAGCUUCCUGUUGAAGUGAACGAGGGGAACCUAGAAACUAUGGCUGCUGAUGUGAGUGAGCUUGUUUACGAUGACCCAGUUGUCAUGUACAGGCGAUCACAUUCCCUUGUCGGCCCUUCUGCUUGCCUUAGUCAGUCAUUGAAGCUGAGUAAGCUCAGUCUGCGAGAGACAGAGGAAGUGGAGGUCUUUGCAGAGUGCGGGAAUGGAGAAAGUAUUGAAGAUAUCUCAGAAAUUUCAACGGAUGAUGAUGCAAAGCCAUUGGAUUCUCUGCAAGAUGGUCUAUUGACAAAGGAACAGAAAGUAGGUCUUGAAGAUUUUGAGAUAAUGAGACUGGUCGGGCAAGGUGCCUUUGGUAAAGUAUACCAGGUGUGCAGGAAGGGUACUUCUGAAAUAUAUGCAAUGAAGGUCAUGCGAAAGGAUAAGAUAAUGGAGAGCAACCAUGCUGAGUAUAUGAAGGCGGAGAGGGAUAUUUUGACGAAGAUUGAUCAUCCUUUCAUUGUCCAGCUCAGAUAUUCAUUCCAAACAAAAUAUAGACUGUACCUUGUGCUGGAUUUUAUAAAUGGGGGUCACCUUUUCUUUCAGCUUUAUAAUCACGGUCUUUUCAGGGAAGAUCUGGCUCGUGUAUAUGCUGCAGAAAUUGUCUCUGCAGUGUCUCACCUCCAUGCUAAUGGUAUAAUGCACAGGGAUCUGAAGCCUGAAAAUAUCCUACUCGAUGCAGAUGGCCAUGUUAUGUUAACUGAUUUUGGUCUUGCAAAAGAACUGGAAGAGAAUAAGAGGUCGAAUUCUAUGUGUGGGACAGUGGAAUACAUGGCCCCUGAAAUAGUUCAGGGGAAAGGCCAUGACAAGGCUGCGGACUGGUGGAGUGUAGGCGUCUUGCUAUUUGAGAUGCUUACUGGGCAGCCUCCUUUCUUUGGUGGUAAUAGGAACAAGAUCCAGCAGAAGAUUGUAAAAGAUAAGAUCAAGUUGCCUGGUUACCUAACAAGUGAGGCGCAUUCUCUGCUUAAGGAGCUGCUGCAAAAAGAUCCAAGUAGGCGCCUGGGCAGUGGAGUAUUGGCAAGUGAGGAGGUGAAGCGCCAUAAGUGGUUUAAAUCAAUCAAUUGGAAGAAACUCGAUGCACGGGAUAUUCAACCAAGCUUCCGCCCAGAAGUCGCUGGAAAACUUUGCACUGCCAACUUUGAAAAGUGCUGGACCGACAUGUCUGUCGUGAUUUCUCCUGCUGCCAGUCCCAAUGGCAACGGGAGUCUCUUUUUCAAGAACUUCACAUAUGUGAGGCCAGCUUCGAGUUUUCUUCAGAGGAUGAGUCCCCUCAAUGAGCGUGGUUAACCAUCAAGUCCCUAGUGUUAUCAAUGUCUAAAUCUCUUAUGAAGAUGGUCUAUGUAGGAAACCUAUUUAAGCCUCCGGGGCGAAUCUAUUUAAGCCUCCGGGGCUAAUCUUUUUAAGCCUCCGGGGCUAUGCUUAAUUUUCUACUGUA